GGAAUGGAAGACAUUUGUCCCAACUCAUGCAUCAGAAACAUUGCUUGAUGAGACUGUAAAUCCGCGGCGUUGUCGAGCAGAUCGGUAGGUUGCUGUGGCCCACAGCCUGUGGGCUAUAGGGCACGGCCGAUGCUUGGGCUAUGAUCCAGACUUGAUUAAACCGAAUAGGAUACAGCCAGCUUUUUUGGCUGCUGUUCCAAUUCAUGCAACCAACAAAAACUCUGCGUCCCACGCGUCGUUCUAUGUGAUCCGUUCAUCUGAUGCCGUGAAAGGCAGCUCGGCGCUUAGACUCACUCCCAGGAAAGUAGGAUAUGGCCACCAUGAACCCCAAGGUAUCAAUAAAGGCGCAGAGCCCAGAGAAAGUGCCAUACAUGGCGCCUUCACACAGCGGUGUAGCAGCUGGCGCUCUGUCUGCCGCUGGAAUGUCGUCCCGGGUGAGUCGCAGGGUGGACGUCAGCCCAGAGCAUUUGCAGCCGCUGCCAGACGAUGUGGAGGCGGGAUCCACGAGUGGCGCUCAAAUAGAAGGGGAGGUUGGCACCCUCAUGGUGGGCGUCAAGCUGCAGAUGUCAGAAGUGCUCAUCGCAUGGCUUGCAGUUAUUGUCAUGACGCUGUCCGCCAUCCUGUCUCUUCUGGGCACCUUGAUCCUGUCCUAUUUUAACCAACAGAUCUCUGUGAGCAUUGGCAUGACAGAUGCUCAGUACGGCAUGCUGACCGGAUAUGCUUACUACCUGCUCUUCAGCAUAGCCAUGACCGCUCAAGGCUACUGCAUCGAUAGGUACUCGCUCAAUCGCGUCUAUGUGGUUGGCUUUGGGGGAUUGCUGGGUGGAGCAGCCCUGCUUAUACAGGGCUUUGCAACAAGCUUCACCAUGAUGCUGAUAGGGAUGGUGCUGAGCGCUGUUGGUGGCUCAGUGUUUGCCAUCCUCCCAAUCCCCAUCCUCUCAGACAUCCUGCCACCAGAGCAGCUCAGCUUUGCGGGCGCGAUUUUCAGCUGCGCAGCGUACCUUGCCGAGGCGUUAGCUGGCAACCUGGCGUUUGUGUGCGACAAGAGGGGCAUCAGCUGGCGGUGGGCGGUCGUGUCUCUGGGGAUCGGCUGCGUCGCGGCCGCGCUGGCAACCUUUGCUUUUAUCAGAGAGCCGCCAGUCGGCCGUUUCAUUGUGAAGAAGGAGGGCAAGGACAAGCCGCAGAAGUCAGACUUCACCAUCAAGCAGACAGUCACCUACAUGGCGUCCAUGUCAUCCAUGUGGAUCCUCACCAUUGCCACAGGUCUGAGGCUCCUUCCGCUGGACCUCAGUGGGGCCUACAUGCCAAGCUACUACAGCGCGCUGUACCCCAGCCAGACCACAGUGUUCACAGCCAUGGCCAGCAUUGUGGGCAUCUGUGGACUGCUAGCCUCUUUCAUAUAUGGUGCAGUGUGCCAGCGCUUCUACGUCAGGCUGCCCACAAUCUCCCUGUACACGACAGCGAUUGGGGCGAUCAUCGCUUCAGGCUUUGUCAGCAUGACCGUCUGCUCGCGCGCGAUCGCAGGCGGAGAUCAAGACAAAGGGUACGGCAUAGCCCUUACGGGCAUGUCACUGGCGGUGCUGAUUGGGGAGGGGUGGCAGGGGCCGCUGACUGUGAUGCUGACGCUGGCGCUGCCGCCUGACAUCAAAAGUUUUGCCAUCUCCCUCUGGUCCGGCUUAACCCAGCUCAUCGGGCCUGCCACCAGCGUCCUCUUUGGCAUCUACCUCACGAUUGGCGGCUGGAAAAAGGGAACGCCAGAGUACAUUCGCCCAGCGCGCAUUUUCAUGCUGGCCGCCAUGCUGGGCUCCUACCUGUCUGCUGCCGCAUUGUACAUUUCGGCCAUCGGCGCCGUCAAACGCGACAUCGCCAAACGCGAAGCUUUGGCGCGCACCGGCGGCCCGGCUCAGAUCACGCUUUCACCGCGGCGCAAAAUGGCCUUCAUUGUUGGGUCGACAGUCCUUGUAGUAGCGGUGGCGGUGCUCAUUAUAAUGUCCUUCUUCUUCUCCUAUGACCCUGACAUUGUCAUGCACCCAAGGAUUGGCUGAGCGUGGGCAAGGCACUGUGCGCCAUUGCUGCGGCAGAUACUAGGGCUGGCCAAAACAUUUCUCCCCUGCAAGAGAUGGUACUGACGCCAAAGUGGAAACUAUGUUUUGUUCAUUGCCAUCAGCGGCAUGAUAGAACACAGGGGUGCACAAUUGACCCCAUUAUAUUAUAUCCCUCUUGAUGGAAUCCUACAAUAGGAGCAGCUGAUGAAGUGGACAGCAAUGUCAUUCAAGUGAAGCGCUCCUUACUCACUGGUACUCUGUCCUGCCAAUAAAGCCUGGUUUGUAUGGUUCGAAUUUCUUCAUACAUUGUGGAAUGAGCAGACUCUAGUAUAAUAUAUAAAGCCAUCUGGGUUUUCUUCUGGGCAGCGGAUUGGGAUCAUUCAUUCAAGUAUUGCAUGGCCAGACCCAAACUAAGAGUAGGUGUUUAAGACUGGCCCUGUUGCCUCAGAUUAGUUAGACUUGGUGGCUCUGCAAGGCCUUCAUCCUUGAUGUAUUCUAGGAGGUAUUGGAAAACGUAUGAUAAAAUCACGACGUUGAGGGUUGCUGAACAACUUGAUAUAAAAUAUAAUACCUCGAGGCACAACAGGGCUUCACUUGGACUUGCUUUUACACUGAGAGAAGGUUCUUUUGGCAGUUGUUGUGGUUGAUUGGGCAUGUGACCUGUAUGACAACAAAUGUCAGCCCAAUUUGGGGCCUCAUGGAACCAACCUCCUAGGACUGCAUGGACCCAAAUUCUUGCUUGUAGAGAGAGAGGGCAGGGUUGGCGUGGUUGUCUGGUGUCUUCUUGAGGCACUGCAAUUAGUCUGAGAUGCAAUCAUAAUUUUGGUC